AUGGACCCAACACGUGCGCCUGAGGAGCGCACGCGAACGGCCCACGCGGCCGUUCAGGAGCAGCAAAGUCCACUGCAAAUGUCCCAUUGUCCAGUCGACGUCGCCGUGUUCCUGGGCGGGUCGUGCAACCCCACGACGUGGCGACGCGACAUUGCAGUGCCGCUCUUGACCGCUAACCACGUGCGGUUCUUUGACCCGCAGGUCGACGAGUGGUCGCCCGAGCGCAUUGCAAUGGAGACGCGCGCAAAAGAACGCGCGGCACUUGUCCUGAUUGUAGUCGACGGCCGCACGCGGUCGCUCGUGUCGAUCCACGAGGCUGUCGAGUUCGUCUGUCGCGGCCGAAGCGUACGCCUCGUGAUCGACGACGUGCCGAGCGGUCUCGUGAUCGAAGGCGCAGUCGUGUCAACCGCCGAGUUGGCGGACCUCAAUGGCGCGCGACAGUGUCUAAGGGACGUGGCGACCGAGCGACGCCACGUCAAACUGUUUCCGGACGUGGCCGCAGCGGUCGGCGCCUGUAGUUCAGAGCUCCUGCAACUGAACGAGCGGCGGCAACAUCGUCGACAGUCUGGACGCUCAAUGGCUACAAAGCCGCAGGAGGACGAGGAGGAAGAGAAGAACGAGGAGAAAGAGGCGCUGAUAGCAGUAGACGGGACCCGAUUUGGUGGGCCGCCUUGGACGGACCUUUUGCCGCGGCAGAGCUACACGGGCGGCUCGGUCUAUUUGGGAGGCAACGUGGGCGCAACGUCGUGGCGAGAGGAGGUGGCCGUGCCCCUGCUGCGUCGAGCUGGAAUCGCUGUCCACGUACCGGCUGUGGACUACUGGCAACUCGGGGUGCCGUCGGGAGCUAAUACGCCUCGACGGCGAUCUCGGACGGACUCCUUGCACGACGUGAAACAGCUUCGGGCGACAUCGGCGUUGGUUCUGUUUGUCAUUCCAAAGCACUUGCGCGCGAUUGCGGCCAUGACGGAAGCAGUGGCGCUCGUGCUGAGUCGCGACGCGGUCGUGCUCGUGGUAGAGCCUGUCGAGGAGGGCGACAUGAUCGAGGAGGGAGUGGCCCUCACGGGUCGCGAAUUGCACGACUUGACACGCGCUCGAGCCUAUCUGCGCGACAUGGCCGAACGGAACAAUGUCGCCGUGUUCCCGUCCGUCACAAACGCUGUCGACGCUAUCAUUGCGAUGGUCGCGUAG